CCAGCUGGUCUAGUGCGCCUGCGCUGUCAACUUGAUUCGAGGAAGUUAGGAGAGAGAAGUCCAACGACAGAGAGGAGUUUGCUGUUUAUACCCUGUUUCAGAGCGGAUAAAACAGCACGCAGUUUAUUCAAAAUGUCGGGAUACGAUAGCAACCCCUUCGCGGAGCCUGUUGCAGAAAACCCUUUCAAUGACCCUUCAGUCACUCAAGUGACCCACUCCAGUGUAGAGCCUGUUGACCAGUACAACCCGUUCCCUGCAUCAGACGGUCUAGCGACUCAAACCACUCCGGCCGCUCCCUCUCCCUUCCAGCCUGCUGUGUUACAGCCAUCUACAGAGCCCAGUCCACAGGCCACUGCUGCUGCGGCUCAGGCCAACCUGCUGAGGCAGCAGGAGGAGCUGGAGAGGAAAGCUGCCCAGUUGGACCGCAGAGAGCAGGAGCUGCAGACCAGAGGCUCGACAGGUAAAGCAAACAAUUGGCCCCCACUUCCCAAAAGCUUCCCCAUCAAACCAUGUUUCUAUCAGGACUUCUCAGAAGACAUCCCUCCAGAGUACCAGAGAGUCUGCAAAAUGAUGUACUACCUCUGGAUGUUCAACUGUGUCACUCUGUUCCUCAACCUGCUGGCAUGUUUGGCGGCCUUUAUCACCGAUUCGAGUCACGGUGUGGAUUUUGGCCUCUCCAUUCUCUGGCUCAUCCUCUUCGCUCCCUGCUCCUUCCUCUGCUGGUACAGACCCGUCUACAAGGCCUUCAAGACGGACAGCUCCUUCAGCUUCUUCUUCUUCUUCUUUGUGUUUUUCUUCCAAGUGGUGAUCUUCAUCAUCCAGGCUGUAGGCAUCCCCAGCUGGGGGAACAGUGGUUGGAUCAAUGCCUUCACUAGUUUCCGUUUUAACAAGGCAGUGGGAGCCAUCAUGAUCAUAGUAUCCAUCCUCUUCACCAUGUGUGCCGUGCUGGCAGUCGUCCUGCUCAAGAUGGUCCACAAAAUGUACCGCCGGACUGGGGCCAGUUUCCAGAAGGCCCAGCAGGAGUUCUCACAGGGCGUCUUCACCAGUAAAACCUUCCAGUCGGCUGCUUCAGGUGCAGCCUCAUCUGCUGCCCAGGGAACCUUCCAGGGAAAUAACUAAUGGAUGACAGAGCUAAGCAAAACUCCAUUUAACAGCUCAAGGUCUAUAUGUUGUCGGGAAUGGAGGGUUCACUUAAAACAAAGCUGAGGGCUAACAGAGAGGUAGGAGUCAUUGUAGUGAAGCUGGACAACAGCUCCUACUUUCGCCAAUCAUAACCUCAUGAUGCAUAGACCUUGAGCUAGCAGAGGCUACAUUUCCAGCCUCCCUUCUUUCACCCCUUAAACAAUGCACAGGUUAACCCCCAUGAUAGCUCUGCUACUCACACUCAGCAUGUCUCCUCCGUCAGUCUGUUUGGGGGUAAAAAACCUUUGAGGGGAAAGUCACACACCAAAAGCAUUCUGGGGUGAGAAGUAUGAAUGAAGUUGACUGGCGCUCCUUCGGUUGUGUCCUUGCUUUGUAAAUUUUGUGUGCACUUUUUUGGCAAUGCUCUUCAGUGUAAUAUGCGACUGUGUAGGUGCGUGUGUUGACUGUGUGUGUGUGUGCUGGCAUGCUGACUACAUGUAUAAACAUGGGUGCAGUAUGCUAGUCUCUGUCCACACCUGUCUGUGGACUCUGAUCUGUAAUAUAAAUAAGAUGAAGUGUUUCUGUGUUUCAUUGAUUGGCAUUUUUUUCUGCCUCAAACGCAUUUCUCCUGGUUGUUGAACAUAUUUUGGCUAAAAAAAUUUCUUGUGUGCUUCAAAAUUCAGUCUAAUAAGGAAGACAAAUAAAUGUAAAAAUGUGUAGUUUGUUCUAAUGACCUUGGCCGUAGAUCUUUGGAUGUAGCUGUUACUGUAGAUAAUUAUUAAAAAUAUUUCUUUAAUUAUUCAACAAGUAAAAUACCCUACCCACCUCCAAAUCCUUUUCAGAUGGUCAUACUGCAUUGUCACUUUUUUAAAACUAUGCCUUUUGACUCUCUGGAACCAAAGUUCUGCCAAGACUUUUCUGAAGAUAACACUUAGAAUCUGAAAAUCUGUUUUGUUUCAUCUUAAUGUAUCACAUGGUGAUGUCUACAUAAAACUCACAUUCUUAAAGUGUUGUGUUAGAACAACUUACAAGCCCUUUUUGGUAUCUCCUUUCAUUAGAACACACACAGACUGUAAUUUUAUUUCACUUUACAAAAGUUUUUUGGCAGAAAUAUCAAAAAACUGAAGUCGCUUUUAACAGCAUGUUUGAUCAGUGCCUUAUUUAAGAGUUAUUUCUGAUGAAACCAAAGCAUUGCUGUCUUUUGUUACUAAAAUAAAUGUGUAAAUUAAAAGUAGAUUGAUUCCACUUUACUGUAAUGCUCUGGGUUUGCUCUAUUCUUCUCACGAUUAACAGUAAAUGCAUGAAAGACAACAGUUUGUUAUGAGAAGAUGAACUCAGUCAAUCUAUUAGAACAAUCAGGAGUGGUUCAGUUUCAUGGUACUCCAGUGAGGUGACACAUAUCACAGGUAUGAUAGGAGGAGCAUUUCUUGAAUCCCUUUGUAUUUAGUUUUUACUCUCUGAUACUGUAAACACGCCAUCUCAUUAACCUUCUCUGAAGAGAGCCAACGUCUCUAUACCACCAGUAUGCAGCUUAAGUUUUUCAUAUUGACUUCUCUUUCAAUGGGUUUAUUAUAAAUUAAAAAAAACAUGUUUAUUUCUAAGAUUACCACCAACCUCUAAAUUAUUUGAUGUACAUUUUCUGUGAUUUCUUAUAUUGAAAAAACAACAUGUAUUUGUUUGUUUAUUUGAUGUACUGUUAAGAAUAUCAGCCUGGAUGUAACGUGUUUGCAUUUCCUCAAAAACAAAUACAGCAACAGACAGUGGUCUAAUUUAAGGUUCAAUUUCACAUCUGUUAUAUAUAUUACAUGAUUUUUAUGAAGUCGAACAUCUCUGAAUGCAAUGUUUUGGGAGAUCGUAAGCCAAUGCCUUUUGUAUUUCAGUAAUGAAUAUAGCAUCUAAUAAAAUGCUUUGCUUUCAUGU